UUCGGAGAUGGAUGAUGAUAGCAAAAGCUACUCCUCCGCUGCAGUCUUGCCUCCUUCAUGUCUUGUCUUGUAUUUCCAAGAAUUCCUACUUCUUUUACCGUCAACCUACAUUUGUAUACAAUAUUCUUACCAGAAGAAAUCUCUGCACUACAAAUCAACAGUGUCCACCUUCCUACUGCAAUUUGACCCAUUCACCGAUUUUCCCACCAUUCCAUUUCACUGUAACUUCCUGCUCAACCGUUUCAGAUGUUCAUAAAGUUCACACCCAGAUGAUCAAACAUGGAAAUUACAGUGAUGGGUUCAUAGGCAAUCGACUGGUGACUAUGUAUGCGACAUUUGGUAGUGUUGAUAGUGCACUCAAGUUGUUUGAAGAAAUACCUGACAAGGAUUUAAUAUCUUGGAAUUCCAUGAUUGGGGUGUUUGCCCAGAGAGGGAAUGUGAACAAAUGUUUCAGUCUUUUCUCUAAGAUGAGGUCUGAGAUGGGUGUGGAACCAAACGAGGUUACACUUAUCUCUCUUCUCCCUGUUUGUAUCAAUAUGCGAGCAUUAACAGAAGGUAAGAGCAUCCAUUGUCAUGUUCUGAAAUUUGGUUUCUUAUCUGAGAUAAAAGUUGUUAAUUCUUUAGUAAACAUGUACGGGAAAUGCCAAUGUGUAAAUGCAGCUUGUGAACUUUUUAACACCAUUUCCUCUAAGAAUUUAGUCUCCUGGAAUUCGAUGAUUGCUGCUUAUAGUCAAAAUGGGUUUCUCGAGGAUGGAAUUAAUCUUUUCAAUUCCAUGAGAAGAGUAGGUUUCAGGCCUGAUCGAGCUACUAUUGUAACCUUACUCCAGGUCUGUGCAGAGCUGGCAGCAGAGAAACAAGGGAAGGCCAUGCAUGGCUAUAUUUUGUCUUCUGGUUUCAGUUCAGAUAUGCCCAUUGCAACCGCACUUAUUCGUGUCUAUGCCAAAUCCGGCAGGUUAGAUGCUUCAUAUGAAGCUUUUAGCGAGAUAAGUUUUCCAGAUAAGAUAGCUUGGACUGCAAUUCUUGCAGGAUAUGCAAUCCAUGGGUAUGCAAGGAAAGCAAUCAAGGUAUUUGAUCUCAUGGUCAAGAAUGGCGCUAAGCCAGAUCAUGUCACGUUCGCGCAUAUCUUAUCUGCAUGCAGCCAUUCAGGACUCAUUGAAGAGGGUAAACACUACUUCCAGAGUAUGUCAAAAGUUUAUGGAGUUGAACCAGAUGUAGAUCAUUAUUCAUGCAUGGUCGACCUCUUAGGUCGCUUGGGACGUUUGGAUGAAGCUCGCGAGCUUAUUGAAGCAAUGCCUACGGACCCAAAUCCAGGUGUUUGGGGUGCAUUGCUUGGGGCUUGUAGAGUCCAUCAUAACAUUAAACUAGGGAAAGAAAUUGCUGAAAAAUUGUUCAUGCUCGAUCCAACGGAUCCAAGGAACUAUAUCAUGUUAAGCAAUAUGUACUCUGCAUCAGGACUAUGGAGAGAAGCCUCACAAGUUAGGGCAUUGAUGAAGGAGAGAGGUCUCAGAAAACAUCCAGGUUGCAGUUUCAUAGAACACGGAGGAAAAGUGUAUCGAUUUGUAGUGGGAGAUAGAUCGCACCCAGAAUCGGAUGACAUUCAUUCGAUGCUAGAUGAACUUAUAACAAAGAUUCAAAAAGCUGGGUACGUUCCUAACACGGAUUUAGUUCUUCAUGAUGUCGACGAGGAAAUGAAAGCAGAUAUGAUCAGUAAACACAGUGAGAAAAUUGCUAUUGCAUUUGGACUUCUAGUUACUAACCAUGGAAGACCUAUAACAAUAACUAAGAACCUCCGGAUUUGUGGCGACUGUCACAACGCUGCAAAGUUCAUAUCGGUGGUUGAGAAACGUAAAAUCAUAAUCCGUGACUCGAAACGUUUUCAUCAUUUUCUCGAUGGGGUAUGUUCUUGUGGAGACUAUUGGUGAUUUUCGGGAAAAUAUUUGUUGUCUUGAAAAGAUACACCUACACCGUGGCUUGUUUGGUCCCUGUAAGUAAUGAAGGUGGGCAUAGCUAGUCCAGGUGACGCCCCAAAAGAAAAGGUGGCACGAGUUCCACGCUGACGUUCUUAAAACCUUGUCAUUCUCUGAGGCCUAAAACCACCGAUGUUGCCAGUUAGUCUUCUGUGCCAUGCUGCGACCGUGAUCCCAUUUAUGCGGUACAAUGUUGAGCACUUGAGCAAAUAUGUAAUUAUGGUGUCAUGCCUUCUUUUAUGAACCUGAACCACAAUUAUAUCGAUCACACUCUAUACAGACAGUGGAGAUAUAAGAUAAUUUCCCAACUUUCUGACUAGGGUGCGUGCAAUGUGCGUCGAGUAGAAGAUGAAUUAUGCGUGAAACUUUUGUACUCCUUGAUUGAAAUAUCUUGGAAAUUAUAAGAUCUGCUUUAACAUGUACUAUGCAGAUUUUGAGAUAAAUUAUUUUUUUCUCCAGUGGGUCAGUGUCUGUACAAUUUUCCGCUCACGGUUUUGGAUUAAAGACCGCUGUAUCACCGCUAAUUGGUUUCUAUUUUUACAUCA